AUGUCCUCCGCCAUGGUUUUCGGCGGAGCAACCGCCGUAAAACCACCAGCAUUACCCAAAAAACACCGUAGUGUAGUCGCCAACUUCUACUCACCCAAACUUAACCUCACACGAUCGGGAUUUCAGAAGAGAAUCCAAUAUCCCAAUGGAUCAACCUCUUUCCGCUCCCUUCUCCGCCUCCGCGUUUCUUCCAACGACGCACAGUUUAAUUCACCCCCCGAAAACAACAGCCAGCAACAACAACAACCGAGUUUCACUGAGUUCAUCACUUCCGAGCGAGUCAAAGUGGUGGCGAUGCUCGCUCUCGCGCUAGCUCUCUGCAACGCUGAUCGUGUAGUCAUGUCCGUUGCCAUGGUUCCGUUGUCGCUUGCCAACGGUUGGGGCCGCGCGUUCUCUGGAAUCAUUCAGUCUUCGUUUCUGUGGGGAUAUCUGAUUUCGCCUAUAGGUGGAGGAAUAUUGGUGGACAAGUAUGGUGGCAAAGUGGUCAUGGCUUGGGGUGUCACACUGUGGUCACUUGCUACUUUUCUUACUCCAUGGGCUGCAGAGACCUCUCUUUUGACUCUACUGGCUGUACGUGCUUUGCUCGGCGUGGCUGAAGGUGUGGCUCUUCCUUCCAUGAAUAACAUGGUGGCCAGAUGGUUUCCUCAAACUGAACGGGCAAGGGCUGUUGGCAUAUCGAUGGCUGGAUUUCAGCUUGGAUGUGCGAUAGGGCUCACACUUUCUCCCAUUCUCAUGUCGCAAGGUGCAACAUCAAGCACUCCUGACCGAAGUCCUCAAAUAUCAAAAUAUGAGCUGGAGUAUAUAUUGAGUAAAAGACCAAAGUCUUUUCCGGUGGAGGCAAAUAAAGUUAAAGUUAUCCCUCCUUUCAGGCGCUUGCUUUCAAAGAUGCCAACAUGGUCUCUAAUUGUCGCAAACUCCAUGCAUAGCUGGGGUUUUUUUGUUGUUCUUUCUUGGAUGCCAAUAUACUUCAACUCAGUAUAUCGUGUGGAUCUCAGGCAAGCGGCGUGGUUUAGUGCCGUUCCAUGGGUUGUGAUGGCUAUCAUGACUUACCUUGCCGGCUUUUGGUCUGAUAUGAUGAUACAAAGGGGUACAAGUGUUACUUUGACUCGUAAGAUUAUGCAGUCCAUUGGUUUUGUUGGUCCUGGAGUUAGCCUCAUUGGUUUAGCAACAGCAAGAAACCCUUCGGUUGCUUCUGCUUGGCUUACAUUAGCCUUCGGCUCAAAAUCUUUCGGUCACUCUGGUUUUCUUGUGAACUUUCAGGAUAUUGCACCACAGUACUCUGGUGUUUUACAUGGAAUAGCAAAUACUGCAGGAACACUUGCUGCUAUAAUUGGAACAGUUGGAGCUGGCUUUUUUGUUGAGCUAGUUGGUUCAUUCCGAGGAUUUCUGCUGCUCACAUCACUCUUAUAUUUUCUAGCUGCCCUUUUCUACUGCCUAUUCUCUACAGGUGAAAGAGUAAAUUUUGACGAUCCUGCUGGCUGA